CGCGACGAUUACUUGCUAAAAAGAGAAAAACUCACAAUCGUAGAAACAAAAAAUUUUUUUAAAAAAAUCGAAAAUCACCAAAAGUCUACUCCAUUUCGCAGUAAACACGCAAAAAGCUUACAGAUCUAGAUACAAUGGCGGCUAUCCGCAAGAAAUUAGUAAUUGUUGGUGACGGUGCUUGUGGUAAAACGUGUCUUUUAAUCGUAUUCAGUAAGGAUCAGUUCCCUGAAGUUUAUGUGCCGACAGUAUUCGAAAACUAUGUGGCGGACAUCGAAGUAGACAAUAAACAGGUUGAACUCGCCUUGUGGGAUACUGCAGGUCAGGAAGACUAUGACAGACUUAGACCCUUAAGUUAUCCAGACACGGAUGUCAUAUUGAUGUGCUUCUCCGUGGAUUCGCCAGAUUCGUUGGAAAAUAUCCCCGAGAAAUGGACACCAGAAGUCAAACAUUUCUGUCCCAAUGUUCCCAUCAUAUUAGUUGGCAACAAAAAAGAUCUUAGAAAUGAUCCACACACCAUUAAGGAAUUAGCCAAGAUGAAACAGGAGCCAGUCAAGCCACAAGAAGGUCGUGCGAUGGCAGAGAAAAUUAACGCAUUUGCCUAUUUGGAGUGUUCAGCCAAGUCUAAGGAGGGUGUACGUGAAGUAUUUGAAACUGCCACUCGGGCUGCAUUACAAGUUAAGAAACGGGGAAAAAAGAAGUGCUGCUUGUUAUAAAAAGUGUUUUUUUAUAUUUUAUAAAAAAAUAUUUACAAUUACUAUAUCAUACAUAUAUAUUUUGUUCA